AACGUUUUUAGCGACAAUCGCGGAAAAUCAAAGCAAUGAAAUUCCUCCGCGCAGCGCGCCAUUGACUGUAAAGACCUUUCAACUUCACAAAAACUGAAAUUGACAAACGUUCUCUUGUGUGGAAACUUUGUCACGACGAGUGUAUCGCCACAAUUCGAUAGGCGGGGAUCAUGUGUCGUGACGAAAUGACGGUAGAGGACUAAGUUAACGUAAACAGGCAACGAUGGCUCGCCUGAGGCGGCAUUUUUCGCUCGAGAUUUCCAUGUAAAAUGCAGUUUGUGCUGUAGUUGACUAGUGCUCCGCGCGCUCCCGUUCUGCGUCCCUCAACUCGCCUCACGAUCCUGCGGCGCGAUAUGGAUGAAUAUGGCGAGGAUCCGAGCAAAAUGUUGGAAAACCUUUCCAUAUAUAACGUUUACCAAGACAGAAUGUACGGGGAGCCGAGCUCAGAGAUGGGGUUUAAGUCGGGUGCGCUAUCUGAGCAGAAAAGUAAGCGAAUGAAUGGCAGCUCCUCACACGCGCCUGGAAACAAAGUCUACGGCGCGGCUCCGGUGCGCUCCGUCAACGGUAACCGACCCUUAGUGCCUUUGGAUUUCUGUUCUCCGCAAAGGGAAGCGGUUUAUCCCGAGCCCGAUGCGUACUGCACCAAAUCUGAAGUUGCCUUGCCGUGUUACACCGGUGCGUCGGACCGGCUCAGGAGAUACACGCACGCAGAGGUGCAGGGGCACCGAUACAGCACCGGCUGCGCGUACGACGGGCUCAUUCUGGGCAAACAGGUGUCCGUUUCGGGCGUAAGAAGCAGCAGCAUGUGCAUAGGCAGUAACCCUGAUGGCAGGUACACGGCCACUAGCCCCCGGUCCAGUUUGGCUUCGUCCCACUCGUCUCAAGAUCAGAGCAAGCACACCAGUCCGAGGUCCAGCAUCAGCAGCCCGCGGUCCAGCCUGGUGUCACCCGGACAGGAGAAAUACUGUGAGGGGAACAGCGUGAUCAGUCCCCGGUCCAGCUAUGCGAGCACGGCCAGUGACACCAGUAAACAUUCCAGUCCCAGAACCAGCCUGAACAGCUACGACUGCGGGAGCAAACCGAGUAGUAACCGAACCAGUGGCAUCAGCAUGGGCUACGAUCAACGACACAUCAGCCCCAGGUCAAGUACCGCUAGCCAGUAUUCCAGCACAACGAGUCCGCGCUCUAGCUAUUCGGAUUCGCGCUUCAUGCCCACCGGAAACCACGAGCCGGAGGGCGCCCCGGUGCACGGCAUCCCCGUGACCAGCCCCCGGUCCAGCAUCUGCAGCCAGGACGGUGGUGCGCGACCAACCGGGGCGUCCAACUGCGUGGUUAGCCCCCGGUCGAGCAUCUCCAGCCAUAGCUCCAGAAGCUCACGGAGCUCCCGGGGAUCCAUGAGCGCGUAUCCUGAUCUCCAGCUGCCCUCGCCGCGGUCAUCCAUGCUGGGACCCGGGUUACCGGAGGACGCGCUGCUGCAGGACUUCACUGAGCCAAACGGCCUCCACAAUAACCGCGUCCACCUCCAAACGUUCCCCGUGCUGGAAGAGCCUCAACAACAGAAUUCAGACGUGAACAUCACGUUCAGUUAUGGGAAAACGGGCGCCGCGGGGCAGCGCUUCAAGCUGCCGUACCAGGUCACUCCAUCCCGGGACAGCGGCACCAGUCAGGUGGAGAGGCGCCUGGAGGCCCUCACCUUGGAGCUGGAGAAAGAACUCGAGAUGCACAUGAAAAAGGAAUAUUUCGGUAUCUGUGUAAAGUGUAGUAAAGGUGUCUAUGGAGCGAGUCAAGCAUGUCAGGCGAUGGGGAACCUGUAUCACACUAAUUGCUUCACCUGCUGCUCAUGCGGGCGGAGGCUACGAGGGAAGGCUUUCUAUAACAUUAACGGAAAGGUUUACUGCGAAGAGGACUUUCUGUAUUCCGGAUUCCAGCAGACAGCGGAAAAAUGCUUUGUGUGUGGUCACCUCAUCAUGGAGAUGAUCUUGCAGGCACUGGGUAAGUCGUAUCACCCGGGCUGUUUCCGCUGUGUGGUGUGUAAGGAGGGGUUGGAUGGAGUUCCUUUCACCGUUGAUUUGGAAAACAACAUCUACUGUGUGAAAGACUACCACACGGUUUUUGCUCCUAAAUGUGCCUCGUGUAGCCAACCCAUCCUCCCAGCACAGGGUUCAGAAGAGACCAUACGAGUGGUGUCCAUGGAUAAAGAUUACCAUGUGGAAUGCUAUCACUGUGAGGAUUGUGGUUUGCAGUUGAAUGAUGAGGAGGGGCAUCGCUGUUACCCUCUCGAGGGGCAUCUGCUGUGCCAUCGAUGCCACCUGCACCGGUUAAAGUCCCCUCUACCUGCCCACCCACCCCCAAGUUACCCCCUUCAUGUCACCGAACUGUGAACACACGGACUUGCGCUGAAGAACAGAAAAAAGACACACUGAUGGGUGGAGUUUAUCGCAUCACUCCUUCAGUGCCACAAGAGAGAGAGAAAGUGGAAAUCAAGACAGAGAGAGUGGCUGUCCUUCCCUUAAACACUAAAUAGGGAACUCUGUCAUGUCUAGUUUCCACUUGAUUAGGGUUUACUUGACCAACUGGGGAGUUUAGAGUCAUCUUUUCAUUAUUUUCCUCCCCCAAUCAUCAUCUCCUCUCUCGCUUUGGUCUCAUUUGCUUUUUCGAGGGGUUUUGACUGCAUUCAUUCACACAGAUGAGAGAACAUGGCUUAUGCCAGAUAAGCCGAGGGCCGCAUGGACCUAGCGCGAGGUCGACAGCACUGCCGCAGGGGUGCAGAGGGCGAUCUGUGCCUCUGUUGUUCCUCCAAACACGACCUCUGCCCGAGACACUGAGCGACAGACAACAGCACUGAACACACAAAGACUGACGUAUGACUUCUGUGCCUUCAUUACAAAUCCUGCGUUGAACACGUUGUCACCUCAUUCACUGCCUUUGAGAUGCACCAUUUCUGUGUGCGCACGCGUGCGCGCGCGCGCGCGUGUGUGUGUGUGUGUGUGUGUGUGUGUGUGUGUGCACGUGUAUAGUGCCCACUCUUUUGUGCCAAGCUGCUUGGGCAUUUAAAGGAAUAGUUCACCCAAAAAUUUAAAUUAUUUACUCAGGCUCAUGUCACUGCAAACCCAAAUGACUUUAUAUGCUACUCUUUUCCAUUUAAUGACAGUUUGUAUAUAUAUAAUAAAAAGAGCAGCCAGGAUGUUCUUUAAAAAUCCAUAUUUUAGUGUUACACUGAAAAAUAACAACAUAUGGGUUUGGAAUAACAUGAGGGUGAGUAAAUAAUUAUGCUGAUUUUUUUAUUUUUGUGUGAAGCGUCAGUUAAAUGCCUGAACUAGAGGCAGCAGUUGGCUUAGUUCAUACAAAUGUGGCUUAGUUCAUAACAAAGUGGCGUUGUGACACCACAUGACAAGUCUGCUGCACAUAAUUGGACCAUUUUAACAAAUGUAUAUUUUGCAUAUGCUUCACACUAGGUACGUUAAUGAAAUCUCUGGCUGGGGUCAGAGAGGUCAUUAUGAUCUGACACCAGCAAGAACAGGGUUCUCAACUGAAUUCCGCUUUCUUUGCUCUUCAGACACUGGUUUGCCUCUGGACGAGCACUGAAAACCGCCGAAGCGUUGGGUGCCUUCCUGCCUUAAAUAUUUCUUAAACAUGGAGCAGACAUACCUUUUUAUGUCUCUCAGGAGACUCUUAAGGGACUCUAGAGGUGGGCUGAUGUGUGCAGGGGUCAAAGGUCAUGCCUAGAUAUGCUGGACUCAACCAGGCCAAUCAGAGACCACCUGCGUUUGUCCUGCAAUGAGUUCGUUUUUGUAUUUGACACUGUGUCCUAACCAGGGACAAUGUGACAGGACGUUUUUUUUGGUCACUUUGGAGUCCAUAGUGUUGAACAGUCUGGUUCUAAAGUAAAAAUCCCAUUAAUUUACUCCAAUGGAGAAUUGAUUUUUAUCAAUUACUUCUAAAUCUUUAAAGACAGACCUACCGUGAGCUCUGAGGUUGUUAUUAAAAUCACGUUUAGUAGUGGAAUUUGUGGUAAAUAACUGCAAUACCCAUAAUGCUGCAGAGAAAGGCCCAACAAUCAGACAGUGGCAGCAAACAAAGAGCGCCAAUAGAGCUUUGCAGCUCUUUGUCUCCCUACACCCUCAAACUACUUAUAUAUUUGUAUAUAUCUGAAUAUUUUACAAUACACUUAAAAUAUAUUGAUUCUGUACUUAUAAUCAACAACUUAAAAUCAAAAGUUUUAUAUUUUUCCAUCGUUUUUAAUUCGAUUGCAUCAUUCGCAAUGCUUCAAGGGACUGUAGUUCAUUCCCUCAUGAAAGACGUUAAGUAAACAGUCUUGUACCUUUGUCUAUUUGUCCAAUUUUCAAAUACUUUUUUGCACCAAAUGAAAGUUUUUCACUUAGUUAUUCACCUCGGAGCUGGUUGAUUUGGUUAAUGGCUUAAAAAUCUGGAAUCCCUAUGAAUCGAAUGAAUGGGCAAAGCACUUCUGGAACAAAGACGACUGAAAAAGUGGUGCUCUGUUUCUGUGAUUGCGAUGGGAAGCUCCGCCCACAGUGAAAUUUAAUUGGUCCCAGGAUUCCCACCGUCAUUAAAAAACUGAAAAUAUCAAAAUAGACCUGGAAAAGUCUUGGCAAUUAAAGGUGCUGUAAGCUAUUUGUUUCAUGGAAAGGUUUGACUCUGUUAAAAGCAAACAAAAAUGUGUCCACGGGCUGCGGUCUCUGACGCUUUCUGCCUGUCAAUCAUUUUGUGCGUUCUCAUAGUAUUGUUGUAGUUGCAGCAAAUUAUUGAGGCUUAAUGCCAUUUUCAUGCCAUGUUAUUAAUAACAGUUGUCAGUUGAGGGCGCUAUUUUUCUGCUGUUGUUUUUGACAACUGUUUCUGCUCGAUGUCGGUCUCAAUAAAGCUAAUUUGGUAUCUUUAGAGUGCCGGUUUUGGAAAGGGGGGCGUGGCUAAUCCAACGGCUCAGCAUGCGGAAAUUCCAGAAUGGCUAAAAUCGCUUACAGUACCUUUAAUAACAUCUUUAAAAGUCAUGGGAAUUUCUUCAGUGAAUAACAUUUUUUAUAGUUAUGCUUAGCUCUAAAGUAUUUCAUUGGCUAGAAAUUGCUCUUUGUAAGGGGAAACUCUAUAUAAUUAUUUAUCCUUAACUAGUUAUAACAAAGGACUAGAAAAUAAAUUCGCUGGUCAAAAGGUGUGGGAACCCUGUAGUCCAAAAUCCUGCUUCACAUAACUGAAUAUUAAUCAUUAAAUAUGUUCUGCAUUGUCUGUGAUUGUGUCACAUCACAGCAUUUUUGUGUGGAGAAUAAAUUACUAGUCACAGUAAUCCUACUUGGUAGAUCCUACUUGGUUUGGACACAGUGUGUGUGUAAGUGGAAGAGAGGAUCUGUGUGUGUGUAAUUGUGUGUAUGUUCAUGUACACCAGUGGCAGGACCACCGUGUGUGUGUGUGUGUGUGUGUAUGUGUAUGUGUGUUUGUAGCGUGAAUAUGUCUGUGCAGGGCUACAGAAGCCAUUUACUGCUCAACACGGCUCAUGACGACUCUCUCUUACAGAACAACUCCCUUGCUCUGUUCCAAAUCAUAGUGAGCUGCCUUGCUGUCUACUGUUUACAUAGACAGCUGCUUUCUAAAGGGCCGUUCACACUGACAAAGCAACCAGAAUUCAUUAAUUUUCUGUGAGAGUUGACGAUUUAUUGUAACAUGCUGCAACGUUUAGCAUGCAUAUGAUGCCUUAAAAUGCUGUCCAAGUAGGCAGCUCACUAGGUUUUGGAACAGAGCCUGUUUGAGUGUGCGCGCACGUGCAUGUUAUAUACACUCUCCUGUUACACACACGUCUACUCUAAUACUACUGAAUGACAGACUGAAACAGGCAACAUGUGUUUCCCCUGACCUAAGUGACUUGUGAGAGAUUUCUUGAAAUCCAGCGAUUCAUAUCUGCAAAGCAGACUGAAACUCUUCUGAUUUAACCAUGUGAAAAUGUGUUUUUAUUGACUGAUUACUGUAUCGGAAGCACAAAGUCAUUUAUGUGAAUAGAGUGUAAGAUUUAGUUAAAGGAAUAUUCUAGCUUAAAUGCAGCUUAUUCAAGCAAUAUAUGGAUUGCAUCGGUGGCAUGCUGCCGAUUACCACAGGGAAUUAUGUUGACACAUCCUAGCAAAACAUUUGCUGUGCAACUAUGUACUUACAAUGGAAGUCUAUGGGGCAAGCGUGCACUGGUUGGCUCAUAGACUUGCAUUGUAAGUGCAUUUGUUUGUUUUCAAAAAUUGAGGUAUGAAUUGAAAUUAUUGUCUGUGGAAAUGAACUGCAUGAAUGUUCAAUAUAAUGACAGAAUAUUCCUUUAAAACAUUUCCCGGUUUCAGAUCAUUCCCAGAGUGUAUCGUUUAAUAAAAGUGCGUAAUUUUUUUUUCUCCACGUUGUCUUAAUCCACUUUUAAAACGUACUACUAUUGCAUAGCACAACGCUAGAGUCCCUGUAAAUAAACAGUUUAGAAUGUAUUUUCUGCAUUUAUCAGAGAUUCCAAUGAAUGGUAGCUUUCCUUCAGUUAGUUUUUUUUUUUUUUUUUUUAAUGCACAUUUUAUGUUCUGUUGCAUCACUUUUUUAUCAUACGAUGUUUUGAUUUCCUAGAUAUUUCAUAAAGAAAAAGCAAAGUAGAUUUAUUUAUCUAAACGUGAAAAGUUUAAAGUUAUUUAAUGUAUUAAAAGUCGGGACGUAUCAUUUAACCGUAGAUUUAUGUAAUCUGCUUUUUAAAUAAAGUGGU